UUAAAUGUUGCUCUAAUUGAACUGGCAUUAGAAGUAUUUUCAAAACCCAUAAAUGAAAUUUAUUUGUCCAGUUUGUCCUGCAAAUCUAGUUCUCCGCCUACGCAAAACCUUGAAUCCUUAAUCCCACCCCGUUAGACUCAAUGCCACUGUGCUAAAAAAACAUCCAGGGGUUCAUCUGCGAAAAGUCAUUCUAGUAACAAAAUUACAACAACAUCUGUGCGAAAUAAAGCCUUUUAACACACAAAACACUGAAAGUAGCCUAUUAUAUUCUAUUAUCAUAAACGACAAAUCUAAAACAUCCGACCUUCUACUGAUAAGAUAUUGAUUAAUGUUGUCAUGAUAAUGUCAUCUUCCAACCAAUUUAACUCAUGCCGUAACUCAUUGGUCUAGCUGUUAUUCGUCAUGUUGAACUCUAGAGGGCGCCAAAGCUAAAAUAAAUAUCUACGUAUAAUGGAAAUGUGCAGUGUAUGGUUCCAGAGAAAACAUCACAAAAUUCUUAUGCCUUUGUGAGUGUUAAUCUCUUCGUGAGUGUUGACCUUUUUAUGGGUUAUGUUUUGUUAAACAGUAUUUUAACGUCUUACUUAUCAAAACUUUAAAGACAAGAAUUUGGCAGUCAUUUAAAAGUCAAAUAAUUUGAACUCUGAACGUUAAGUAGAUUAUUCACUAAAAAAACAUAAAAGUACACUGUAAAAAAUGUAAUUUGACUGCAUUUUACGGUAUUUUUACAGAUUUGUCACGAAUAAUGUAAAAAGAUGCUUUUACAUUUUGAAAGACGGUAAAAAAGUCUAAUAACAGAAAAGGACAACAAAUGUACAAGAGAAACAUGAAAGCAUGUAAUUUAGUCUGGUUAUUUUCUGUAUUGUACCGUUUCAACAGCACAGCCGUAUAAAAAGUUCACCUGGAACGCAAAACAUGGGUCCAUCAGGCUUUCCCACAACUCAGUGUUGACUUAAGGAAACCUCAUCCUAGCUCUUACACAGAGAGCUAUUGUCAGCCUCACAGCAGGUCUGUGUGUCGGACUCCCUGCUGCUUCUGUGUAGAGUUUCAGUAAGGGCAGCCGUGGAUACCCACUGUUUAUCUCCUUUUCAUUCAACUCUGCACAGAAAUUGAGCACCGCUUUGUCUUCUCCGUGCUCUUCCACGCACAAACUCACCUUCAGGCUGUGCUGGUCCUAUACGCACAAAGCCCCUUGUGUGAACUGUCAUGGUUUUAUCAUUUUGUGAACUGCAAAAUAUAUUUGUGAAGAUAGAGAUAAUGCUGACAAAACUUAGGUGCUUUGCUGUUAAAAUAUUAAGUGAUUAAUGUCUUUUUGAAACGAAGGCCUGUAAAACAUCUGAAGUGUGGAAAAACCAUCUAGAAUCAUAUCCUAACUCAUCUACAAUAAAAACAGUACUCUGCUGUUACAAUCUAAACAUCAAAAUUAUCGCAAUCAAAUAAAGACCAAAAUAAAACGGCCUGCUGACAAAAGCAAUUGCAGACAGCUAUUUUUAACAACAAAGACUUUCUCUGAUGUUAAAUGAACACAUGCACGGGUAAAUGUUCAGAAAUUGAAACGACAGGGUACAAACUUCGCUUAAUUAUGCUCUCCAGUGUGAGUGUGAGCGCGCGCGCGUGCGUUAAAGAGGCAGCGCGAGCUAAUGCGCUGUCCACUCUGAUCAGUACUCUUGUGUUGUGCGCGGCUUCCACCGCUCGAGUUCUUCUGAAGUUAUUCCAAACAACAAAUGAUGGGUUCACAUUUACUUAAGUUUAUAUGGAUGAAUAAAACUGGACUCAUUCUCUUUUGCACCCCAUUUCUUCUUCUCCCUUUGCCGCUCGUCGUUGGAACAAAGGUGGCCAAGUGUGCGUAUGUGGUGGCAUUGAUGGCAGUGUACUGGUGUACAGAGGUGCUGCCGCUGGCCGUCACUGCAUUACUGCCAGCUGUGCUCUUUCCUCUCUUCAGAAUCAUGGAGUCUAAAGAUGUCUGUAUGCAGUACCUGAAGGACACUAAUAUGCUGUUUCUGGGUGGUCUAAUGGUGGCCGUAGCUGUCGAGCACUGGAACCUACACAAACGGAUUGCGCUCCGAGUGUUGCUCUUCGUUGGUGUGCGGCCCGCUCUACUGAUGUUGGGUUUCAUGGGGGUGACCGCCUUCCUCUCUAUGUGGAUCAGCAACACGGCCACCACAGCCAUGAUGGUGCCAAUUGUUCAAGCCGUGCUGGAGCAGCUCAACAACAGAGCGGAACAAGAGCAGAUGUCACCUGCAGAGAGGGAAGAGAAAAAUACGGAAAUACAAAUCAAUAACCGGGUGGUUCUGAAUGGACGCAUCUCAAUGGACUCAGGCGGAGAGGAGAAUCACAGGGAGACAGAGGAAAGAAUAAAUUUGUGUAAAGGAUUGACACUCUGUGUGUGCUAUGCAGCCAGCAUUGGUGGUACAGCAACGCUCACAGGCACUGGACCAAAUCUGGUACUUAUGGGACAGAUGAGCCAACUUUUCCCUGACAACCCUGACGUUAUAAACUUUGCAUCGUGGUUCGGGUUUGCCUUCCCCAACAUGAUCAUCAUGCUGACACUGGCCUGGCUGUGGCUUCAGAUCGUCUUUCUGGGUUGCAACUUCAAAAAGACGUGGGGCUGUGGGACAGUGAAGACAGAGAAGGACAUCGCCGCAUAUAAUGUGAUUAAGGAGGAGCACCGGCGUCUCGGCCCCAUGUCAUUUGGGGAGCUGAGUGUCCUAGCCCUGUUCGUCCUGCUGGUGGUGCUUUGGUUCACAAGGGAUCCGGGCUUUGUGGAUGGAUGGGCUACGCACUUUUUCAAUGCUGAUAAAGAGUUUGUGACGGACGCCACAGUUUCUGUGUUCGUAGCUGCUUUGCUCUUUGUCUUCCCCUCGAAACCACCACAACUUUGCUCCUGGAGGAAGCAGAGUUUUGACACAGCGCCUCAAUCAGACAGCGACCCUACUCCAGCUCUGCUCACAUGGAAGGUGACGCAGAAAAAGAUGCCGUGGAGCAUUAUCCUGCUGCUGGGAGGGGGCUUUGCGCUAGCCAAGGGCUGUGAGGUCUCUGGGCUGUCGAAGUGGCUUGGAGAUCAGAUGUCGCCUCUUCAAAGUAUUCCUCCCUGGGCUAUUGCCAUUGUCCUGUGUCUGAUGAUAGCUACCUUUACUGAAUGCACCAGCAACGUUGCCACUGCAACAUUAUUUCUGCCUAUACUUGCAUCGAUGUCCCAGUCUAUAGGCAUCAACCCGCUUUAUGUUAUGAUCCCCUGCACCCUCAGUGCAUCCUUCGCCUUCAUGCUUCCAGUGGCGACCCCUCCAAAUGCCAUAGUCUUCUCAUAUGGAUACCUGAAGGUAUCUGAUAUGGUGAGUGUUAACCAAUUACUGAAACAAUUAUUGAUGCAACCCACUAUAUUACAUUCACAUGAUCUAAAUCUGUUUUAUCCACAGGCAAAAACAGGCAUCGUCAUGAAUAUCAUUGGUAUUCUUUCCAUUACCUUGGCCAUUAACAGCUGGGGCAGAGCUUUGUUCAGUUUAGACACCUUUCCUAGCUGGGCCAACACUACAGCUGUGUGAGAAACAGAGAGAGACUGAAUUCCGGCAUCAAUCGGCUGUCAAACUGCAGCAUUCCACAAUAUUCUCAGCAAGCACAUCUCACCUCAAAC